AUGGCGGCGGCGACAGCCACCGCCGGCACAGCCGCCUGCAGUAGCGGCGGCAGCGGCGGCAGUGGCGGCACCGACGCCGCGGGCACCAGCGGGUUGCAGCCGCCGCUGCCGCAGCCCCAGUCCGCGGCCGCCGCACCGGCCCAGCGGCCGCCCGAACCCCCCCGGAAGCCGCGCAUGGACCCACGGCGCCGCCAGGCUGCCCUCUCCUUCCUCACCAACAUCUCGCUGGACGGACGGCCGCCGCUGCAGGAGGAGGAGUGGGGCGGCGGCGAGGAGAGCGGAGCAGCUAAGCCCGGAGCGGGCAGCGCUUACGGCGCUAGGACUCGGCUCAGCCUACUGGCCGCCGGCUGCAGCGCGCUCGCCGCACCGGGCACAGCGGCUGCGGCGUUGGCUACUGGGUCUAGCCCCUUCCCACUGCAGCCUUCGCUGCUGCCGCCCCUGGCUCCGGGCGGCCACACGACCCUGCCUGGCCCCGGAGCGUCGCGGGCGCUCGCUAGCCCUCUGGGCGCGGGCCGGACGUCGGGGGAGCUUUUGCAAACGUCCCGGUCGGCGCCUCUAGCCACCUGUUCUCAACUGCAGCUGCUGGAUGGGCCCGGGAGUGCCGAGCAGGAGGAGUUGGAGGAGGACGAUGCCUUYACCACCGUGCAGGUGCCGGCAGCCGCUUUCUUGAGCUCCGGGACCCCCGGGAGUGGGAGCGGCAGUCGGGGCCGUCUCAACUCGUUCACUCAGGGAAUCCUGCCCAUCGCCUUCUCCAGGCAGAUCUCACAAAACUACUGCUCCCUGGAGCAGUCGGGUCAGAGCGGCAGCACCAGCGUCUAUGAGCAGCUGCAGAGGUCUCGACGUCGUCUCAUCUCCCAGAGAUCAUCCUUGGAGACCCUGGAAGAUAUUGAAGAGAAUGCCCCUCUCCGGAGAUGUCGAACUCUCUCAGGUUCGCCCAGACCAAAGAAUUUUAAGAAGAUUCAUUUUAUCAAGAACAUGCGGCAACACGAUACCAGGAAUGGCAGAAUAGUCCUUAUCAGUGGCAGAAGAUCCCUCUGUAGUAUAUUUUCCGUGCUGCCGUAUCGCGACAGUACCCAAGCCGGGGAUCUGAAGUUGGAUGGAGGGAGGCAGUCAGCAGGCGCCAUGAGCUUGAAAGAGAUCAUUGGUCUUGAAGGUGUGGAGCUGGGUGCUGACGGGAAGACAGUUUCUUAUACCCAAUUUCUGUUACCCACAAAUGCCUUCGGAGCCCGGAGGAAUACUAUAGACUCCACCUCCUCCUUCUCCCAGUUCCGCAACCUGAGCCACCGCAGCCUCUCCAUAGGCCGGGCCAGCAGCACCCAGGGGAGCCUCGACACAGGUAGUGACCUGGGAGACUUUAUGGACUAUGACCCAAAUCUCUUGGAUGACCCCCAGUGGCCUUGUGGCAAGCACAAGCGAGUUCUGAUCUUUCCUUCAUACAUGACCACAGUAAUUGACUAUGUGAAGCCCUCAGAUCUCAAGAAGGACAUGAACGAGACCUUCAAGGAGAAGUUUCCUCAUAUUAAGCUGACACUCAGCAAAAUAAGGAGUCUGAAACGGGAGAUGCGGAAACUUGCCCAGGAGGACUGUGGCUUCGAGGAGCCCACGGUGGCCAUGGCCUUCGUCUACUUUGAGAAGCUCGCCCUCAAGGGAAAGCUCAACAAGCAGAACCGGAAGCUCUGUGCUGGAGCCUGUGUGCUGUUAGCAGCCAAGAUCGGAAGUGACCUCAAAAAGCAUGAAGUCAAGCAUUUAAUUGAUAAACUGGAAGAGAAGUUCCGGCUCAAUAGGCGAGAACUGAUUGCCUUUGAAUUCCCAGUGUUAGUGGCCUUAGAAUUUGCACUCCAUUUACCAGAGCACGAAGUCAUGCCACACUACAGACGCCUGAUCCAGAACUCCUAGCACAGGGCCCAGCAGGGUGAAGGACCAUUCCUCUGAGCGCCGUGGAGCAGAGUUCACUACUGGAAAUGCAAAAAAUAAAACUCAAAAGUACCAAGCUUCUUAUCCUCGUCAUAGUUUUCGCAGAGAAGCAGUACUGGAAACUUCACGGAGUCUUCAGUCUGGCUGGCCUAGAAGAGUGUGAGCCAUUCAUUACACAAGCAAGUGAAAAGAAGAUUCAUGCUGAGGACAGCAAAGGCCCCUACCUAGCAAGAACUCAGCUGCCUCCAAGGGGCUUCCUGCCAGGCAUGCACACCUUGCCAGCGUGACCCUGGGCCUUCGCUCCAGACCCGUUCCAACUCUGAGCACGGAGUGCUAGAGCAGACGAGGGAAGCAGAUUUGCAGAACUGAAGGAAAACUUUUCUACCCUCCCUGUGUCAAAAGAGCGUGCCAAUCUAUUUUUGUAUCAGCCAUUGGAAGUGCACUUUCCUCCGGGGGCAUGUGGAUGUGAGUGUGCAAGUGUCAGAGGUCCUGCGUCAGCCCUCAGCCCCCAAAGUCAGUGCCACCCUCUGCAGAGCUGACUUGGGGCAACGAUUUCUGGGUGAUUUCUGGUUAAGAAUCCCUCGGUUCCAGGUUGGCAUCUUCUGCCCUUAGGAAAUGACAUUGUUUUUGUGACUGCUCCUGCCACAUUCGGACAAAGACUAAGUUCUCAGUGUUGGAGGAGUCGCAGAAAGGUGUGGAGUGUGGCUCUACCUUCCUGCCAUCCCACUGCGGGCACCUGUCUGGUCUGCACACUUUGCCACUGUGGAGAUGGCGGGGGUUGUGCUCCAUCGGUCUCGUUCCUGUGCUCUAUGUUAGAGUGCAUAAUAAGCACAUUGAUUGUGCUAAAUAUGUGUUUUAUAAAAAUCCAGUAUAGGGGUAAGACGUAUGACGUGUUUUGUGGCUUUUGCACUGGGACAGACUGCAUUUUGAGCCGUGGUUGAGUUGAUUCAGGAGACGGUGGCUCUUGUUGCCAUGAAUCCUUAGCUCUCAGUGCAGAAUUUUAAUCGCGACUUGUCCUGAUGCUCGGGCAUGACCUGUGCUGACUCAUGUCACUGCAUGGUCACCUUGUAGCCACAAGACAGGUGUCACCUGGCUGAAGAAAGUUUGUAGCCAUGUAAAAAGAAUUAAAAUAUUUUGUUUUAUA